AUGAAAAUCCUCUUGGCCUUGGCAGUCUUUUUUCUCGUCUCCACUCAACUGUUUGCAGAAGAAAUCGGAGCCAACAAUGAUCUGAAUUAUUGGUCCGACUGGUCCGACAGCGACCAGAUCAAGGAGGAGCUGCCGGAGCCCUUUGAGCAUCUUCUGCAGAGAAUCGCCCGGAGACCCAAGCCUCAGCAGUUCUUUGGAUUAAUGGGCAAAAGGGAUGCUGAUUCCUCAAUUGAAAAACAAGUGGCCCUGUUAAAGGCUCUUUAUGGACAUGGCCAGAUCUCUCACAAAAGGCAUAAAACAGAUUCCUUUGUUGGACUAAUGGGCAAAAGAGCUUUAAAUUCUGCGGCUUAUGAAAGGAGUGCAAUGCAGAGUUAUGAAAGAAGACGUAAAUAA